AGGGAUGUUAUCAAGUGGUCUUUUUACAGCAUUAUUUGGCAUGGGAUAUUUUUGGAAACUUCACUAUUUUGCAUAUUUUGUCACCAUCCAGAUUUUUUCAGGAUUUUUUCAGAGUUCUGGCUGGCCCAGUGUAGUAGAAUGUGUUGGAAAUUGGUUUGGAAAAGGAAGGCGUGGUUUGAUAAUGGGAAUAUGGAAUUCCCACACAUCUGUAGGAAAUAUUCUUGGGUCUGCUAUAGCUGGUGUAUGGGCAAGUGGUCAGUGGGGCUAUUCAUUUAUUGUGCCUGGCUGCAUUAUAGCUGGAAUGGCCAUCUUUGUAUUUCUUUUCCUUGUUGUUGAUCCCAGCCAUGUAGGCUGCCAACCUCCUCAACAACACACUGAGCCUCUGCCUAAUGAUUCAUCUGUCAGCACAGAAGUUGUUACAGACUCUCAAGAGGGUGAUGACGAAGAAAGACUUUUAAAAGAACCAUGUUCUUAUAGCCCUAAGCCCACUGAAGUGAAAAGAAAUCUACAGGUGCCAAGUGAGUCACAUAUUUCAGCUUCAACUGUAGUGCCACCAUCACAUGGAGAGGCUAGUGCUGUCGGUUUUUGGAGAGCAGUUCUUAUUCCAGGAGUGAUUGAAUACUCUCUUUGUCUGUUCUUUGCUAAACUCGUCAGUUACACGUUCCUGUUCUGGCUACCAUUUUAUAUUGAAAAUACAAGUAUUGGUGGUAAACGGUAUGGUCCAACGACAUCUGCAGAUUUGUCAACUAUGUUCGAUGUUGGAGGAAUCAUAGGAGGUAUCUUAGCUGGAUUUGUCUCGGACAAAACAAAGUGCAGUGGAAUCACAGUUGUUGUCAUGUUGUUCCUCGCGGGGCCAAUGCUCUUUGUGUAUAGAUUUUUUGCCAAUGCAAACCUCAAAGUUAACAUUGCUCUGAUGAUACUCAGCGGCGUCCUAGUGAACGGUCCAUAUGCUUUAAUCACAACAGCGGUAUCAGCUAAUCUGGGUACCCAUCCAUGUCUUCAAGGAAAUACAAAGGCCAUGGCUACCGUCACUGCAAUCAUAGAUGGCACAGGCUCCAUGGGUGCUGCCCUCGGACCGCUUUUAACGGGAAUCAUCUCGCCAACGGGCUGGAACAAUGUAUUUUACAUGCUAAUUUCCGCCGACCUUUUUGCCGCCAUUCUCCUCAGCAGACAAGUAUGGUUUGAAAUAAGUCAGAACUGUUUAAGGCGCAGAGAGCGAGUUCGCCUAGCGUAUUUGGAGUCUGGUCACACCAGUUUGAGAAAUGGUACUACGUAUGAACCUCACGAACGACGUAGCGAAGCGGAGCCACUUCUGCACAGCAGCUAACACAUACUAAUAGAAAUGGAUAAAUGACUCGGAAGUCAAAGAAUUUCUUCACGCAGGUUACUGGUGUUUGGCUUAAAUUUUUACUUUAGAGUUGAAGUACCGACGCGAGCCGACGCAGUUGACAACAAAUCACCAGCCAAUCAGAACCCGGCUUUGACGGUCACGAGCGGGAAAAGAGAGUUCUACAAUCUUUCAUAAUCUUAAAAUACUUGUUCUUUAAUUUAGCCAACGAUUAACAUUGUUGUUAAAAUCCAAGCGCCUCCUUGAAUGAAGAAAUCAUCUUUCUCCUUAAUCGCAGAGUUAAUAAAUUUGUUUUUGAAGAAAUGAAGGGCAAGGCAAACGAAUAUAUACAUCAAAUACGAAUGAAAUAUUUGGGAAGUUUUCUAUAAAUUUUAAGAAGUAUUUCAAUCAUAAUUUACUCAAAAUGAAUGCGAUAAGUGUAAAUAGGAAAUCCAGAUAAUUUUAUACUUAAUAUUCAUUCUCUUGUAUCGCCAUAUCCUUAGAGUGGUGUCGUGUUACAAUGAAACUGGAUAUUUUCAAGAUAGGUAGUAGCCACUUGAGGAGACUACAGGUCUUAGUUUUGGGUAUUUUUAUUUUAAAAAGUGGCUGAGAACAUUCAUAAAGUGGCUUUUGUCAUAGGAAUUGCUACUUUGGUAAUUCGAAUAAUUAUAGUAAAUGUUGACGGUCUUGCAGCAUACAUUUGUGGAAAGGAAUCCGGCAUUCGCCGUAGGAGUUCGGUUGGACACCUAGCCCGAGGCUUUUAGACUGUGAUGGGGGGGAAGGCUUUGAAAUUACGUAAAACGGUUUUGGCGAAAUUUAAAAAGUUUUUAAUGGAAUGCAUCUAUUGAAUGAAAUAAGAGGAAAUAAAAUAUGUUCGUCCAAAUA